AUGGGUUGGUUUCCUUCCAUAUUUGGGUCGGAUAAACCGUCUGAUCCCUUAAGCAAACUCGACCCCAAGCUUCGCGAAUUUCUCGAGAAAGAAUCUCCCGUAAAAUAUACCCCGAAUCGGUCACCAACCUCGACUUCAGCUACACCUGAGCGACACACAGACGAAGCGCAGAAGGCGGAUAAAACAGAGCCUGAACACAAUAAAUCAGCCGUGCCAUCAGAGAGUUUAUACCAAGAUGGCCGAUACGCACAUCUAUGGAAGAACUACAGGCCGUUGGCGCAAAUCGAAGCCGACGCAGCAAGCGACCACGACAAGCUCAUGGAUGUCCUAGAAGGUUUCAAAGAGCGCAAGGCUGCAAUUGGCCGUGCGGCAUUAGAGAAUUGCGCCAUUCAGCAGGAGGAGUGGGUGAAUUGUAUGAAGAACGGCAGCUGGGAGGACCAGCUACAAAUGUGUCGGAAUCAAGUAAGGCGGUUCGAGAGGUGCUACACUUUGCAAUCCCGAUUCCUCAGAGCUCUGGGAUACGGGUCAGUAGCCGGCCGGCCUUCCCAGGUUGACGAAGACAUCCAAAUGCACGCCGACACCUUGUACGACAGAAUGAUCACACACGAAGCCGCCGUCGAGCAAGCAAAGAAGGACGGAACACCCAUUCCCAUAUUCGACCCUGCCCUGCCGAAGGCCAGCGCGACAAAGGUCAUUCCAACACAAGAACUGGAAAAAACGUGGAAGGAGAAGCUAGACAAGUUACCGGAGGAAGAGAGAGUGGUGGAGGAGGCUGCGCUGAGGGCAGAUUUGCAGGCCAAAUCUGACGUAGCCAAGAAUGUCAAGCAGAUAUGGGCAUCGCAAAAGGAAGAGAGGGAGGCGAGAAAGGCGGGUGGGCAGGCUACGUUUGGGGAUACUCUGUCUGCGAUUUUCGGAAGAGGAGGGGGAACGAAAUAA